ACUCGCUUCCGAAAGAAGCCGGAAUCUUUUAUUUACUAUUUUGUUUGUGUAGAAACGUAAAUAUUUAAUUUCCAAAAACAUAAUUAUGACCGAUGAAGAUAUCUCGGAACAGGAGAAAGACACACAGGCGUACGCAGCCCUUGGUAUAGGGCUAAUCUGUAUUGUUGUGGGGUUGCCAUUAUGGUGGAAGGCUACCGAAGUUUACCGGGUACAACUCCCAUAUUCAGAUAUAAACGGAUUAUCGGAAAUACCCCUGACUUACACCGCUGAAGUACAGGUGGUUUCUUUUGAUGAUAUCUGGACAAAACGAAUACUUGAGAUUUCGCGAUUACUUCAAGAUAAUCUUUCAAAAACUACUGGCACUGAAAUCAAAGCGAACUAUCGCUUGAGUGUUAGGGAGCACACAACAGAAGAACUUGAUAUUUUUAAACAAAAAGGUUCAGUACCAGAUUUACCAUUUGUUGAUGAUGAACUAUCUAAAUCUAAGCUAGUCAGUGGUGACAGAAAUAAAUACUACAUUUUUCUAGUUCCAAAAUUCUUCAAGCUAGAUUAUGCUUACAUAGGAAAGCAUCAUAAUAUCUUUAUAAGACCACUCAAUGAUGUCACAGAGCUGGUCAAAGACAUUAGUGGGAUCAUGAAAUCAUAUGUCAUUCGUGAAGAUUCGGUGGAGAAAAGUAUACUAAAUGCAAAAGGUGCUCGUUCUUUAAAGCCUGAUAAAGAAAGUAUGCGAUCUGUGCGUUACAAUCCGGGCUAUGACAUCACUUUUACACUGACUGUUCCACAACCAGAUAUUUUAGAUGUACGAUGGCAGAUAGAAGAGGCAGUAAAAGCAUACUUAGAAUCCAUGACAAACAAGUUAAAAGAGUACACAUCAUUUGAAAUAAAAUCUCAGCUGCAGUAUUUUACCACCUUUCAAUCCAAGCCAAAGUAUGAUGAAUCUUUGAAAGAAUAUUAUUAUCAGGAGCAGAAUCUGCCACAACUAAUAAACCCGAUAGAAUCAACUCUGGGAACCUCCUCUUCUAAUAAUCCAGAGCUUAAUUUCAUUGUUUACAUUCCAACUCGUGAUAAGUCGCCUCUUUACAUACGAGAUAAAAAUGGUAAUAAGGUGAACAGUAAUGCCUUUCUGAGUCCACGUUGGGGUGGUGUCAUGAUAUAUAAUGUACCAGAAUUGAAUUCAUCUGCAUCUUUGCCGUAUCUUGUUCAAGUUGACAUGAGACAAGUAAUGGCAGUGUUUGUUUCUCAGAUACGACUUUUGCUUAAUGUAAAUUCUGCUGCACAGCUUGGUAGUAAAGAUGUUGUUUUUGAGCCCGUUGGUGUUGCAGGAAUCACUGAUAUUGAAAUUGAUGUAUGGCUAAGAAACCGUUGUGUAGAAAAUUUAGCCACUUCAAUCAACACAAUACAAUCUUUAGCUCAGUUAUUGGGCCAGAUUAGUAAUAUUGUGAUUAAAGAUGAUAUAGGGAGUGAGGUGGAGACUGCAGUGGAGUCAAUUAAAAACAGUCAGAAACUGCUACAGGCUGGGAACCUUGUGGGAGCUUUCCAAGCUUCAAAGUUAGCGAUUAUUGCUUCUGAAAAGGCAUUUUUUGAUCCCUCUUUAUUAGAAUUGUUAUAUUUCCCUGAAGAUCAAAAGUUUGCUAUUUAUAUCCCCCUCUUUUUACCUAUUAGUAUUCCUGUUAUCGGGUCAAUAUACAAAGCUUUCAAGCAUUUUAGGGGCUCAAAUAAAGCUAAAAAGGAUUAAUAAAGAUUUAGGAAAUAUUUAAUUUUAUUUUUAAAUUGUGAUUGUUUUAUGAUCCAUUAUUAUUGAGCAAUCUUAAACAUACAUUAUGCAGGAGCUAAAUCUGCCUAUUGCAGGUCUUUCGUUAGGCCUGAAAUGUUUUCUAAAUUAUUAAUUAGACAUUAAUUAACAUAUCCAGGCCAUAAUCAACUCUCGAUGGCGUCAAGAUUUCUCCAAUAUUAAAUAGAUUAGAACAGUUCAGCCAUAUUUUGAUUUAAGCUAAAAAUCGAGGAGCGAGACUUAGCUUCGAACAACCAGUACAGUGGUUGAAAUUAUUGCACAUGUCUUGUCAAACCUUCAAAGGCUAAUAUCUUCUAUCGCAAUAGAGUAAUUUGAAUGAAAUUUUCAAAUUAUUAAUUUUACAUUAUCUAUUUUCGAACUAUUAUAGCAAGAUUGGCUAGCUCUUUAUUUAAAUCUUACAUAAUGUAUCUUUAAGUAUUCCCCAUAUGUUUGAAGUAAAUCACCUUUGUUUUCAGAGAAAAAUAUUUUUCAGGAAAACUUACACUCCUAAUUGUACAGAGCUUGUCGCAUCACUAAUCGAAAUAAUACAUCAGAUAGACCCAAUUAAAUACUUUAGCUCUUUUAUGUAGAAAACUCUCAGUUAUUCUUUGAAUUGCUACCCAGAUGAUCCAUGUACAUUCCAAAUUAUAGAACUGACAAAUUUAUAUACAUGAGUGCUUACUGCUUACUGUUACUGUUAUCAUUUUUUUUAAAAAAACAAACACAGAAAACACAUAUUUGCAUUCUGCCACAUCUCUAAUAAACUUUUUAAAUUCUUUAUCAAAUAUAUGACCAGUCCUGGCUUAAUGAGAUAAUGUACAAGAUGUAAAACAAAAAAUCUCAUUUUACUGGGGUUUUUUGUUUCAUGCGUCAGUCUUCAAUAAUCACGUAUUUGUUAUUUCAACAGAGCUCAAAGGUGAAAACUUAUCAGAAAUGCGCAACAUGUGCUGGUUUGGCUUUCUAUAAAGUCAUGCUUCAGUAAUUUUCAAAUUUUGCUUUUUUUAAAAAACCAAUUAAAGCUAUACAAUACACAUAUUAAUUCCUCUAUUCUUUUAAGAUAAAUGCAGAUAUCACAUUUAAAUGUAUGCAUAGCUGUAUUUUAAUUUUUGACCCAUGGGUAGGGUGACCCACCAUAAAUAAAUAUCUCCAAAUAUAUCAACUAUUACACCACAAUAUUUAUAUAUACACCAUGGUUACGAGUGUUGGCCAUAACAUCCGGGCACUUGUGAGUAAAAAAUAGGUUACGUGCCCUUGUUUUGAAAUUAGUCUCACUUAACCAGUCUGCCGACCAUACUACGUCUGAUUGACAGGCCGGGAUAAUCAAGACUACUUUUUUACGAAACAAAACAGACAGCUGGAACAAGAAAUUGAAUUUAGAAAGACGCACGUUAGGCAACUCAACAAUUGUUUUAAGAACCUUGUAAAAGUAAAACGAAACUACUGCUAGUAUCAUGUUCUUGCCUAACGCAAGUGUUUCAGAGAUAUUAUUUGUACUAAACCAAAAGAUGCCACUCAUAACGGUACAGUUAAUGAUAAAGCAAAACGAACAUAAAUUUCUAAAGCUGCUGUAAUAACCAAAAAGCUAAAUAUUACUGUUAUUCAGAAUCGUCAACAAUAGAUUUUUACGGCUGAUAUAGUUAAUAUGUGUAGAGAAUUGCAUGUGCGAUGGCUAUUUAUAGUCUCAUAGACUCUAGUGCUGAGUAUUAUCAUACUGCGUAGUUAGUGAGAAAUCACUUUGAGACAAGCCACUGAAGCGUGCACAUUCGCCGUGUCGAUCCAACUUUCUGUAGAGAAAAUUUUCACUGCACGGGUCACCCUACCUUUGGUUUCAUCAAGCUAGAAUUGGUCACAUAUUAGAUAACAUAAAUAUUUUAAAUUCUUAUAACUGUUUACAAUAGUUUAAAUGUUAACACAUUCAGUUUAAUAAAUGUGCAUUUAUACAUACAGUAUUUUUAUAUCACCUUCAGUUUUUGUACAAUGUUUAUAUAUAGUAUACACAUUUUCAUCAAUAAAAUUUAUAUACCUUUAA